AUCGAUGCAUCGAUGUUUUCAUUGGUGUUUUGCGCACCUCUAUUGUUUGGGUAUAUCGAAAAAAAAUUCGGCGAAAACGGAAGCAUCGGGCGGAUAUAUAAACGAAAAUAUUCAGUCGCCGGGAAAAAAUAACACGAAAUGAUUUUUCGGUUUUCAGUGUAAUAAAGAAACAUCGUAAAAUCAUUAAUUCUGCCAAUUUGCCAAUGUGCGGGUAGAAAACAAUUGGCGACAACAACAACAAAUCGUGUGACACCCAAGACAGCCGUGCUAGUGCGAGUGCGAGAGAGGUGGUCGGUCGUGCGUCUCACUCUAACCACCGGAGCCGCCGAAGACGACGCGUACGCAACAAACGAAAAUAAACGGCGAGCAAAAGGAGAGAAAGAACAAAUAACGCCCACCGUAACACCCCCCGCGAAGAAGAAGAAGCAGCAGUAGCACAAGCUGAAGCAAAAGCAGACGGCAGAAUUGGAGCUUUGCGCAGAAAUCGAUUUUUUUGCCCAUUUUAAGAGAUUUUUGGGAGCCUCUCCCACUGCCGAAAAUCGUUUAUCGUGUGCGUGUAACUGUGCGUGUGUGUUUGUGCGAAAGUGAAACAAACCAAAGCGAAAGAAAAAAAAGCUUCAAAUUAUAUAUUGUUUUUAAAAAAAGCAGCAAUCUCGCCGCGCCGUGAGUCACAAGAAGCAAAAAAUUAAUUCAGCAGCAGCUUUAGCUUUUUAGCUGCUGGCAUUGAAGAGGUGCUCUGCCACUGCCUCUGUCGUCGUCGCCGUCGACGUCGCUGCUGCCGCCCGCAACCACGCGCUCUCUUUGCCUUCUCCGCCUCCCCCAUCCCUCUCGCAUACCAUCCGCGAAAUAACGACACACACACACACAAGAAGGAAUAAUAAUAUCAAACAAGAAUUGCAGCAAAAAUAGUGUCAGUUUAGUAAAAUAUACUAAAAGUAAACCAUAAAAGAGAGCGGCGGAAAAUCAAUAAAGAGAUCCCACUUUUUCUCUCUGUCUCUCGCUUUGUAGUGGGAAAAACGUGCAAACAAGUUAAAAAGCAAGCUGCUAAAAGCGAAUAAUAAACUCCGCGCGCGCUUACACGUGUGUUGUUUAUGUGUAUGUGUGUGUGUUGGUGUGCGUUAACGUUUAACUGCUAAUCGCAAAACGCAAUCUGCGAGACCGCGUAACAAAAGCUUACGUAAAGCUUGAGAAAAGAAAAUAAUAAUAAUAAUACAACGAAAAAACCCCAGAGAUAAAACAAAAUAACACACAAAACUUCAAAAUCAAAACCAGUCCCCAAAGAAACUCUAAAAACGGAUAACUUCAAGGGAGGAAAACUCUCCAAAACACGCCCAUAUCCUACCAAAAACAAAGAGUAAAACCCACAUAAAAAAACCCAAAUUAACAGCCAGACACAACGAUGACUAAGGACAGAUUAGCCGCUCUCCAUGCCGCCCAAUCCGACGAUGAGGAGGAGACGGAGGUGGCCGUCAAUGUCGACGGCCACGACUCGUACAUGGACGAUUUCUUCGCCCAGGUGGAGGAGAUUCGCGGCAUGAUCGACAAAGUGCAGGAUAACGUUGAGGAGGUCAAGAAGAAGCACUCGGCCAUCCUGUCUGCCCCGCAAACGGACGAGAAGACCAAGCAGGAGCUGGAGGACCUGAUGGCCGACAUCAAGAAAAACGCCAAUCGGGUGCGUGGCAAGCUCAAGGGCAUCGAGCAGAAUAUCGAGCAGGAGGAGCAGCAGAACAAGUCGUCGGCGGAUCUGCGUAUCCGGAAGACGCAGCACUCGACGCUGUCGCGAAAGUUUGUCGAGGUGAUGACGGAAUACAAUCGCACCCAGACCGACUACCGAGAGCGCUGCAAGGGAAGGAUACAGCGUCAGCUGGAGAUCACCGGCCGGCCGACAAACGACGAUGAGCUGGAGAAGAUGUUGGAGGAGGGCAACUCGUCGGUGUUCACGCAGGGCAUCAUCAUGGAGACACAGCAGGCGAAACAGACACUGGCGGAUAUUGAGGCCCGGCACCAGGACAUCAUGAAGCUGGAGACAUCGAUUAAGGAGCUGCACGACAUGUUCAUGGACAUGGCCAUGUUGGUGGAGUCGCAGGGCGAGAUGAUCGAUCGCAUUGAGUACCAUGUGGAGCACGCUAUGGACUAUGUGCAGACGGCAACUCAGGAUACCAAGAAGGCGCUCAAGUACCAGAGCAAAGCCCGCCGAAAGAAGAUCAUGAUACUGAUCUGCCUCACUGUGCUGGGCAUCUUAGCGGCCUCAUAUGUUAGCAGUUAUUUCAUUAUCCAAGCCAGCAAGUAGCAUGCUCAUCAUGGCCUAUAACCUGCAUACAGAAUCCAAGAGAUAUGCUAUAUCACUCUAUUAUAAUACCGAACGUAAUCUGUAUGAGUUUUUUGAGAAUUAAAUUAUGUAAAUUGUGAUUUAAGAUAUAUAUACACACACAAACACGGAGAAAUGCUUUCGCUUUUAAGUAGGAAAUGCAAUAUGUUAAUGCACCACCAAAUAAUGCCGAUAAUUAUAGAGAAAAAUUCACGACAAAUUUGUAAGAAUUGGAGAAAUUUCCGUUCUGAUUUUUCGAUCACAAUGCAACAUAGUGCACGUUUUUUUUCGCUCUCGUACGUUUACCUUUUGAUCUUUUCCAAUGCAAAAUGAAAACGAACCAAAAACUGCAAUGACAACAGCAACAAUCAGCACGUUUCCACUAUAACAACAAUAGCCACUGCAACAGCAACAACAACAACACCCAGUUAACAAACGCGUCUAGUGAAAAAAAAAACCGAAAAUCGCUUUAAAAACGAACGAAUUUCGCCGCCAACUUCGUAUUAUGUCAAUCAAUCAAGCUGCAAUUCAAUUUAAACCACAAAAUGCAAUCUAAAGCCCCCAAAACAUAUAAAAGAAAAGAAAAUGCAAAUCGAAAAUAAAUAAAACGCGACUCCGCCCUGCCAAGCUCUUUGUCAAACUGAAGGUUCCAGUCCGCGUUCCAGCUUUCCAGACUUCCAGCUCUACACAGCUUCCAGCGAUAAAUUGACAGCUGCAAUGCUCCAUUCCCAUGCGCUGAG